GAAUUGUCACGGUGCACUUCAGGUGGAUUUACUGACUUUUCAAAAUUCUUGUUUUUGUUGUUGUUUAUCCCAACUUUAAAGAUGAUUUAUUUCAAAGUUAAGCCACCAGUGAGGAAAUUGUACAGAGUGCUUUUCGGUGAUUAAAAAUGUAAAACUAUAGAUGGACGUUUCCCCAGAGAGUACCUGCCCUAAACCCUUUCCUCCUUUUUACACUUUUCGGUUUUAUAGUCAAAGGAGCUUAUUUGAUUCCUUGACGUCUUCUCCUUUUAAAUAAUUAGUUUAUAUUUUUAGUACACCGUUUUUUCGGUUUUAUAGUCAAAGGAGCUUAUUUGAUUCCUUGACGUCUUCUCCUUUUAAAUAAUUAGUUUAUAUUUUUAGUAAACCGUUUGAUAACUCCAUGGCUGAGUGUCCUAAUGCUCAACAGAUGCCCAAAUCCGUCCUUAAUUCUAAGCGGGCACAAACACAAAGAGUGCAUGAUAACUGAUCUGGACUAGGCGCUCUCCGAGUGAUCCCAUGUGUUUACUUACUGAUCAGCAUGAAGAUGACAACACAUCAAAUCUGAAUCCUAAUUAUAAUUAAAUUAUGAUUAAAAAGAACACAAAACUGUAAAGAAAAAUCUGUCACCUCAAGAUUUGUUUUAUUUUUUAUUAUGGAUUGUUGUGUGGACAAGAUUUUGUAUUCAAGCUACUGCAGGGGCACUAUCCAUUGUGUCUCUCCAUUGAUCAUUCCUAAUUUGUAAACAAGGAACCUCAUCGAUUGCCUUCUAUUGCUGAACUAGGAGCACAAAGCUGUCAUCUUCUGAAUGUGCCAACACUUCAUCCUUUCAUACAUAUCCCUGUAAACUGUGACUUGACUUCCUGAUGCUCCCAAGACUCCUGGUAACUCUUUUGGAUAUCUUAGCCCAGUGAUGCUCCAGACAAGUAAUUAUUCUUUGGUGCUGCUGGUGCAGUUCCUUCUGCUGGUGUAUGACCUUUUCGUGAACUCUUUCUCCGAGCUGCUGAGAUCUGCCCCUGUCGUGCAGCUUGUGCUUUUCAUCAUCCAGGAUAUUGCCAUUCUCUUCAAUGUGAUCAUCAUUCUUUUGAUGUUCUUCAACACUUUUGUGUUCCAAGUUGGACUAGUCAGUUUGCUUCUUCAUCGCUUCAAAGGGACAAUCAUUGUGUCGGUGCUGUAUCUGGGACUCAGCAUCUCUUUUCAUGUGUGGGUGAUGAACCUGCGCUGGUUAAAUUCAAACAGCUUUGUGUGGACAGAUGGACUACAAGCCCUGUUUGUGUUUCAACGCCUGGCGGCUGUGCUUUAUUAUUACUUUUACAAGCGCACAGCAGAAUGCCUUGGGGACACCCGUCUCUAUGAAGAUUCAGCAUGGUUGCGCAGUGCCUUCUCCCGUAUCAGACAAUAAGGUCAGAAUGACUUCUUUGUGACAUGUACGAGAAAACCAGACACAAAAUGACUGAAAAUUGUGGCAAACAUGAGAGGACAUUGGAGUAAGACAAGAGAAACCAAAAACAGCCAAGAUAUUUGUUGUUUUGGGGGCAUUCAAGGACCAAUGAUGACCAGAAUGAAUUUGCAAUGCAAUAUCCCUGUGAGUCCAAUAUACAGAAGACUUAAAAUAACUAUAUUUUGCAUUGUGAGGAGUUUGGAGAUUGUGAAGACCUAAGGCUAAGUGUCAGGAAUCUCAUGAGACUAUAACACCACAGAUUUUGUUACUAAUUUUACUCUGUUGCACUUGAAUUGUCAUCUGAUGUAAACAACAGGACUUUCUAUAAUGUAACCUAAAAAUAUACUAUUUUGAAUCAGAAUUUAACAGGGUCCCUAAUAAUUUUUGUCGCUUAUGUUCAUUAUGUAAUAUAUUAAUUGGACUGACUACUACCCCAGUAGUUUUUUCCCCUUUUAUUGAUGUAUUGUGACUUUUUUUUACUUCAAAUGUUAACUCAUGUAUGCAUGUUUUUGUAUUUAAAAUUGAAUUAUUUUUUUACUUUUUUAUAAAGUGACAUAUUUUUAAAUGUUAUUUUCCUUUUUAAUACGUAUUUGUGAAUUUAUACAAAUAGUCAAAAAACUGCAGUUUGCAUACUGCACUGUAAAUACUACAAAUUAAAUAAUGUGAAUAAUCA